AUGAAUCGGCGCGAAAUCAUCCAGCGCCUCCGCGGCCAGAUAGAGAAGAAGAGGCCGAUUGUCGGGGCCGGUGCCGGAAUCGGUCUUUCGGCCAAGGGCGUCGAGGCCGGCGGCGGCGACCUGAUUGUCAUUUACAACAGCGGCCGAUUCCGCAUGGCCGGCCGCGGCAGCCUGGCAGGGCUCAUGCCCUACAGCAACGCGAACAAGACCGUCGUCGACAUGGCGGCCGAGGUUCUCUCCGCCGUCAAGCACACGCCCGUCCUUGCCGGCGUCUGCGGAACCGAUCCCUUCGUCAACAUGCGCCGCUUCCUCGGCCAGCUCCAAGACAUGGGCUUUGCAGGCGUGCAAAACUUUCCCACUGUCGGGCUUAUAGACGGCAAUUUCCGGCUCGGCUUGGAAGAGACGGGCAUGGGGUACGAUAGGGAAGUGGCCAUGAUUGCUGAAGCCGCCGAAAUGGGCCUGCUUACCACGCCGUAUGUGUUUGAUGCCGACGACGCCGUUGCCAUGACCCGGGCGGGGGCUGAUAUCCUCGUCGCGCACAUGGGGUUGACUACCUCGGGAAAGAUUGGGGCGAGAACAGCAAAGAGUCUCGAGGCGUGCGUUGCCGAGAUCCAAGAGAUACGGAACGCGGCGGUCGCUAUUAGAGAGGAUGUUAUUGUCUUGUGUCAUGGUGGUCCGAUCGCCAGGCCGGAGGAUGCGCAGUAUAUUCUAGAAAGGGUCGAGGGCCUUCAUGGAUUCUACGGUGCUAGUUCUAUUGAGAGGCUGCCGGUAGAGGUCGCUAUCCAGCAGGUUACUCGGGAAUUCAAGGAUGUCAACUUGGAAUUGGUCAAAUAG